AUGUUUUCAGGGUUAAGAUGAAGAUUCGCAUUGAAGUUAUCUGCCUUGCCCUGGCCAUCGUAAAUGCAAUCACCACAGGACUGGCUCUAUUGGGGAGCAUUAUCUUGAUGUUCAUAUUUAUCGCCAGUGCUCUAAGCGAGCCGAAGUAUCCUGGUGAACAAAUAUAUGAUGGCAGCAGUCAAGAAACAUAUCAAAGCAUGUUCGGAUCAGAUGAGACCCUGUUCAACACGUUUUUCGGGACCUUUAUUGCCAUAUUGGUGCUGGCUUCACUUAUCUCUUUCAUCUUUGCUGUGCUCCUCUGCAACGGAAUUUGCAACCGCCAGCCAGGGCAAGUAAAGGCCUACUUCAUCUACGGCGUGAUAACGACAGCAAUGGCGGCCCACGUCACAGGCGCAGUACUGUUCGACGGUCGUGACCUGCAGACUGGCCUGCUGUCGCUACUCUGCUGUGUUCUCCAGUCGCUGUUUCUCGUACUAGUUUACAAGACUUACACUAAGUUGGGGAGAGAGGCGAUGUUCAAGAAUCACUCCCGUCUGAUAGAGAAGAGCUAAUUUUAGACGGUUGAUAUAAC